CGAUCACGAUCAUCUCACCACCGCACUCGCGCGCCCACCCCCACCGAUCGCGCCGCCAAUCAACCACUGCCGCUGCCGCCGGCGUCGCGUCUCCAACACGUCCCUCCCCGACCCAGUCCCAUCCCAUCGACAUGGCCGCAGCCGCAGGACCCUCCGCCGGCUCUGUGGCGGAGACGCUCCCGCCGGCCCUCGGCUCCACCUCCCAGCCACCUCCUGUCUUCGAUGGCACCACCAGGCUGUACAUUUGCUACUUCUGCCCGUUCGCUCAGCGCGCCUGGGUUACCAGGAACUUCAAGGGUUUGCAGGACAAGAUGGAGCUGGUGGCCAUUGAUCUGCAGGACAAACCAGCUUGGUACAAGGAGAAGGUUUACCCACAGGGCACGGUGCCUUCCCUGGAGCACGACAACGAGGUCAGGGGCGAGAGCCUGGACCUGAUCAAGUACAUCGACAGCAACUUCGACGGCCCUACCCUGCUCCCAGAGGAUGCUGCAAAGAGGCAGUUCGCUGAUGAGCUGAUCGCGCAUGCCAAUGCGUUCACCAAGGCCCUCUACUCGCCCUUGAUGGCCCACGCAGCCGUGUCAGAUGAAGUUGUUGCUGCUCUGGAUAAACUCGAAGCUGAGCUGUCGAAGUUCAACGACGGCCCGUUCUUCCUAGGCCAGUUUAGCUUGGCGGAUAUAGCCUAUGUUACAAUUUUGGAAAGGGUUCAGAUAUACUAUUCUCAUCUUAGGAACUAUGACAUCACCAAAGGCAGGCCAAACCUUGAGAAAUUCAUUGAGGAGAUGAACAAGAUCGAAGCAUAUACGCAGACUAAAAAGGAUCCUCUGUUUUUGCUUGAUCUUGCCAAGAAUCAUCUUAAGAUUGCCUGAAGACGUGACAGAGCGGCAUUAGUCCGUUGAUAGGAGACAAAUCACUCACCAGUGUCAAUUUGAUCAAUAAAAUACGGCAUGCUAUAUAUAAGGGUUGUUUUGUGUUAUUGAUAAUAUACUGUACUACUGUUCAGUUACUGUACUGUAUUUCUUAGGUAUGUCAAGUGCAGUGUAAGCUUUUAUUAUUUUGAAUUCCAUUAUUGCAAAAAUAGAAAGACAAAAAAAAUUUACGCGUCGAACA